GGUCAAUCCGUCAGACAGGGAGGAUCUGGGGAGGAGAGGACGAAAGGCGAUCACCUCUGGCCGGUUUGAUCCAAUCGCCAAUACCGAGCAGGCUGCAUGGGGAGCUGCCUCUCUACAUGAGGACGACACAGAGGCUUCACCGGGGGGUUUUAGUCCGAGGAGCACGUUUGGCUCAACACAUCCAAACACCGAGAUUAUACUGAGACUGUUCCAGGCUCCUAUUCACGGAGGAACCAUCCUAAAGGGGGCGGAUAGGAGAUAUUUCACAGUCUGCGCCUAAACUCCUCGGAAUACAAUUCCAGGUGGUGGGUGGAGAAACAGCACAGCCCAGUGCUGGAUCCCAGAGGGACUAUCAGUGUGGUAAGGACCCUUGAGACGAAGGAGGGUGCAUGGAGGGUUCAAGGCCUGUAAAGCCAGGGUCGUCAGCCUGCCUCUGGUUGGGGCUGGUCUCUGUGACUGUAGCCUUCCUUUGUACAGAGGCCCGGACCACCCCGAGCCCUCUGAUCACACCCAGCAAUGCCACCUGUGAAGGGAACUCAAAGUGCCAACCGGGGAUUAUCCUGCCCAUCUGGUACCCCGAGGACCCCUCCAUGGGGGACAAGAUCGCACGGGUCAUCGUGUACUUCGUGGCCAUGAUCUACAUGUUUCUGGGAGUUUCCAUCAUUGCUGACCGCUUCAUGGCGGCGAUCGAGGUCAUCACUUCACAGGAGAAGGAAAUUAUCAUCAAAAGGCCCAACGGGGAAACAACCACGACCACAAUCCGGGUUUGGAAUGAAACCGUGUCGAACCUCACACUCAUGGCCUUGGGCUCGUCUGCCCCUGAGAUUAUGCUCUCUGUAAUCGAGGUUUGUGGACAUGGUUUCAAAUCUGGUGAACUCGGGCCUUCGACUAUUGUUGGCAGUGCAGCCUUCAACAUGUUUGUCAUCAUUGGCCUGUGUGUGUCGGUGAUUCCCCAAGGAGAGGUACGCAAGGUCAAACACCUCCGGGUCUUCUUCGUCACUGCAGGCUGGAGCAUCUUCGCCUACAUCUGGCUCUACAUGAUCUUGGCCGUGUUUUCUCCAAACGAAGUCCAGGUUUGGGAAGGUCUGCUAACGCUGGCCUUCUUCCCCAUAUGUGUAAUCCUGGCCUGGAUAGCAGACAGACGACUGCUCUUCUACAAGUUCAUGCACAAGAAAUACCGCACUGACAAGCACAGAGGCGUCAUCAUCGAGACCGAGACUGAGCGCUCCAAGGGGAUCGAGAUGGAUGGCAAGAUGGUCAACUCUCACUUCAUGGAUGGAGGUGCCACAAGCAAUCUUAUCGGUCUGAUUGAGAGUAAAGAAGUGGACGAGUCUCGGCGUGACAUGAUCCGCAUCCUGAAGGACCUUAAGCAGAAGCACCCGGAGAAAGAGUUGGACCAGCUGGUCGAGAUGGCAAACUACUACGCUCUUUCGCACCAGCAGAAGAGCCGUGCCUUCUACCGCAUCCAAGCUACACGCAUGAUGACAGGCGCUGGAAAUAUUCUGAAAAAGCACGUAGCAGAGCAGGCGAAAAAGAGCGCCAGCGUGCAGGAAGUGCACGUGGAGGAGCCGGAGGAGUACGUGUCUCGAAUCACGUUUGAGCCUGCUGUUUACCAGUGCCUCGAGAACUGUGGCGCCGCUAUUCUGACCAUCACCAGAAAAGGCGGCGACAUCAACAAGACGAUCUACGUGGAUUAUAAGACGGAGGAUGGGUCGGCUAACGCUGGAGCUGACUACGAGUUCACGGAGGGUACGGUGGUCUUCAAACCAGGGGAGAUGUUCAAGGAAAUAAGCAUCGGCAUUAUAGACGACGACAUCUUUGAAGAGGACGAGCACUUCUUUGUACGGCUCAACAAUCUACGCGUCCUGGAGACUGAGGACGAGGUUCUGUCCGCCAACAGUCUCCCCUACCCGAAGGCCAUGCUGGGCUUCCCCACCGUGGCCACGGUGACCAUUCUGGACGACGAUCAUUCUGGGAUCUUCACCUUUGAGAGUGGCUCGGUUCACGUCAGCGAGAGCAUCGGCAUUAUGGAAGUGAAAGUGCUGAGGACUUCUGGAGCGAGGGGGACGGUCAUUGUGCCUUUUCACACCAUGGAGGGACUCGCCAAAGGAGGAGGGGAGGACUUUGAGGACAACUACGGAGAGCUGGAGUUCAAAAACGACGAGACCUGCAAAGUCAUUCACGUGAAAAUUAUUGACGAUGAGGAGUACGAGAAAAACAAGAACUUCUUCCUGGAGCUGUCCGAGCCUCGCAUGGUAGACAUGAGUCUGCAGAAAGCUCUGUUGUUAGCUGAGGAUGUUCCAGAGAGGAAGCUGACAUCAGACGAGGAGGAAGCCAGGCGCAUCGCCGAGAUGGGGAAGCCGGUGCUGGGGGAACACUCCAAGCUGGAAGUCAUUAUCGAGGAAUCAUACGAGUUUAAGAGCACAGUGGACAAGCUGAUCAAGAAGACCAACCUGGCUCUGGUGGUGGGAACCAACUCAUGGAGAGACCAGUUUAUGGAGGCCAUCACAGUCAGUGCAGACGAGGACGAGGACGACACGGGAGAAGAACGGCUGCCGUCCUGUUUCGACUACGUCAUGCACUUCCUCACCGUCUUCUGGAAGGUCCUGUUCGCCUGCGUUCCUCCUACAGACUACCUGAAUGGCUGGGCCUGCUUCUUUGUCUCCAUCAUCAUCAUCGGCCUGCUCACGGCCGUCAUCGGUGACCUGGCGUCUCACUUCGGCUGCACCAUUGGCCUCAAGGACUCAGUGACCGCUGUGGUGUUUGUGGCACUUGGUACCUCUGUCCCAGACACCUUUGCCAGUAAGGUCUCAGCGGUCCAGGACACCUACGCCGAUGCCUCAAUCGGGAAUGUGACCGGCAGCAACGCCGUCAACGUCUUCCUGGGAAUCGGCAUGGCGUGGUCGGUGGCGGCCAUCUACUGGCAGAUGAAAGGGAAGCCGUUCGUGGUGGAAGCUGGCUCGCUGGCGUUUUCCGUCACCCUCUUCACCAUCUUCGCCUUCCUGGCCAUCUCGGUGCUUCUUUACCGACGCAGGGCCCACAUCGGAGGAGAACUGGGCGGGCCCCGGGGACACAGACUGGCCACGUCAGCCUUCUUUUUCGGCCUCUGGUUCCUUUAUAUCCUCUUCUCCAGCUUGGAGGCCUACUGUCAUAUAGAGGGCUUCUAAAGGGGAGACACAAGCAGGGGUUUCAAGUACAACUCCAGAGGUCAAAGGGUGAAUUCUCACUGUGGAAUUUGGUUCGGAUUUGUUUGCUAUGAAAGGACAGGAGAGGUAAACCCGGGGUUUUUCCCAGACACCUCCCUCCCUCUCCCUCUCUCUCUCCUUCAACCCCCUCUGUAAGGACGUUUGAGGUGUGUAUACUGCCCUCUAGUGCCGACAGGCUGCGGGAGAGAGCCGUCCUGAGCCUGUGUGAGUGUGCUUACAGUUGGGAUUGGGUUACCACCGAGUCCAGGAGAUGCCGAUGCCGGGUCGGUCCCGCAUUCCACUGGAAGAGACUGCAGUCUUAUACCCGGAGAGAGCUGAGUUAACCAGAGGUAUAUAUUUUUCUCAACAUCUGACGAGAACGACUUUUUUUAAAAAGUAUUUUGAGGAUAAAAACACGAAAAAUAAACAACCAAAAAAAUAACACACAAACACAAAGAAGAAUAAAAGAACUAUUUUCUGACGUACGUUAAGGAUUUAACAAAAGAUUCUAUCAUAAACGGGAAUACGUUGUUGAGAGACACUGGGAUGAUUCAUAGUAUUUAUUUUUAUUUGCAUAGUUUCCUAAGGAGCAUUGCAGAGUUUUCAGAUAUCACACAGAGAAGAAGAAGAGGAGCGACAGUGACAGUUCAUACUGGCGGAUGGAUCACUCAAACCGGUGAGGAGGACACAGUGAACAUGGUCAAACUGCCCUGAACAUUACUUCCGUACUCUCUACGUAUCUAUAUAUAAUAUAUUUCCAUAUUUUCUGUAUAUUUUGAAUAUU